CCUGGCUCUCUCCGCCAUGUUAGAUUCACCCAGCUGGGGACUAGAAGCAGAACUGAGAGUGAACGGUCUGGACGGUGGCCCUUGAAGCAGGCGCCCCCCGGGGGCGGGAAACUGCCCCACAGCAUGGAACCACAGGUUACUCUAAAUAUAACGAAAGGUUACUGUAUCCCACCUACCCAAUCAGCUCUAGCUGCACAUCAUGGAACUGCUGGUUACUCUAAAAAUAAAACUCAAAGCUUUCUGGUAUCUGACCCAGAAAUUACAACUUGGGCUGAUGUUGAAGCUAUGGUAAAAGUUUCAUUUGAUCUGAACACUAUUCAAAUAAAAUACCUGGAUGAGGAAAAUGAAGAGGUUUCCAUCAAUAGUCAAGGAGAAUAUGAAGAAGCACUUAAGAUGGCAGUGAAACAGGGAAACCAGCUACAGAUGCAAGUCCAUGAAGGCUACCAUGUUGUUGAUAAAGCCCUACCUCCAGUUAUAACAGAAAAACGGCCAGUUUCAAGGACAGGAAAGAAGCCACUUGCCCAUUAUUCUUCACUAGUGAGAGUUUUGGGAUCAGACAUGAAGAGCCCAGAGGGGCCUGCAAAACAGCAGUUACCACUUGCUCCCAGUGAUGCAGAUCAACCUCACAACAAGCCCCCCAACUGGUUUACAAGCUAUCUGGAAACCUUUAGAGAGCAGGUAGUUAAAGAAACAGUUGAGAAACUUGAACAGAAAUUACAUGAGAAGCUUGUUCUCCAAAACCCAUCACUGGGCUCAUGUCCCUCAGAAGUCUCAAUACCAGUUUCAGAAGAAGCACUUUUCUUGCCAGAAAAUCAGUUCCAGUGGCAUAUUAGAUGCAGUAACUGCCAGACAAGGAUCAUUGGUGUGCGCUACCAGUGCAGUCUGUGCCCAUCCUACAAUAUCUGUGAAGAUUGUGAAUCAGGGCCCUAUACCCAUAACACUAACCACAUCCUGCUGAAGUUGCGGAGACCUGUGGCGGCUUCAUCUGAACUCUUCUCUCACUCAAAGUUCUCUGUUCCUCGUUUGCCUGCUGCUCUGGAACAAGCCAGACUCCAGAAGCAGGUUGACAAGAACUUUCUUAAGGCAGAAAAACAAAAAUUGAGAGCUGAGAAGAAACAGCGUAAAGCAGAGGUCAAGGAACUUAAAAAGCAGCUUAAACUCCACAGGAAGAUUCAUCUGUUGAAUUCGAUUCAUGGACUCCAGAGCCCGAAGAUUUCUUUGGGCCGGCCUGAGAACCUCCUGCAAUCUAACACCCUGAUUCUCCCUUUGCAGCCUUGUGCCCCAGUUAUGCCAACCCUCAGUGCAGCAUUUGUGGAUGAAAAUUUGCCUGAUGGAACACACCUGCAGCCAGGGACCAAGUUUAUCAAACACUGGAGGAUGAAAAACACAGGAAACGUAAAGUGGAGUGCAGACACAAAGCUCAAAUUAAUGUGGGGAAACCUAACUUUGGCUUCUACAGAAAAGAAGGACGUUUUGGUUCCUUGCCUGAAAGCCGGUCAUGUGGGAGUCGUGUCUGUGGAGUUCAUCGCCCCAACCUUGGAGGGAACAUAUACUUCCCAUUGGCGUCUUUCUCACAAAGGCCAGCAGUUUGGGCCUCGGGUCUGGUGCAGUAUCAUAGUGGAUCCCUUCCCUUCCACAGAGAUGCCUGAUGAUAUUGAAAAGAACAUCAUCAGCUCAGAGAAACUGGAUAAUCUCACCUGCCAGCACGAGGAAACUUUUCUCCUAAAUAAAGAAGAAAUUCAUCUUGAUGAUGCAACUGCACAGACAGAAGGGACAGGUACCUGUAUCCCACAGAAGACAAAAGCCAUUGCUAGAGAGAGGGAACUCUACAUCCCAUCUGUCGACCUUCUAACUGCCCAGGACCUUCUGUCCUUUGAGCUGUUGGAUAUAAAUAUUGUCCAGGAGUUGGAAAGAGUGCCCCAUAAUACCCCUGUAGAUAUGACUCCCUGCAUGUCUCCUCUGCCACAUGACAGUCCCUUGAUAGAGAAGCCAGGCUUGGGGCAGAUACAGGAAGAGAGUGAAGGAUCGGGAUUUAAAGCAGUUCCUGAUUCCACAGCAUCCAUAAAAGGGAGAGCAGAGAACAUUACUUCAGCAGAGGAAGCAGAAGAUGACCUUAGUGGGACUCAGUUUGUGUGUGAAACUGUAAUUCGAUCCCUUACAAUGGAUGCUGCCCCAGAUCAUAACCCACCGUGCAAACAGAAGUCCCUUCACAGGGCAGAAUCACAGCUACAUACAACAGAAGAGCAGCAGCCAGUUUUGCUGUCAGAAGUCUGCAGUAAGGAAUCCUCCCUGAAACCCACCUUGCCUGAAGAGGGACCACUUGGAGAUGACAGGGAAGAGAUUGUCCAUAUUGCUGAGGAAGAAGCCAUGGAGGAAGAUGAACUCAAUGAUGAAGUUCAGAGUCAGUCAUCUUCAUCUUCUGAGGAUUACAUUAUCAUCCUGCCAGAGUGCUUUGACACCAGCCGUCCACUAGGGGAUUCCAUGUACAGCUCUGCACUCUCACAACCAGGCCUGGAGAGAGGGACUGAAGGCGAGCUUGGGGUUGAGGCUGGGCAGGAACCAACUGAGGAUGGAGAAGGAUCAGCUCGAGAGGAGAACCGGCCUCAGGAGCAUAGCAUCAAUGACAUCCUCAUGACCUCACAGACUCUGGACACAGUGCCCCUAACCCCAGAGGUGAUAGGGCCUCCACCACAGCUGCCCAGGAACCCUCCCUGUGCACAGCAUCAUGAUUCCCCAGGAGUGGAUUUACCAGUUACCACACGGGAAGUAUCUUCAGUUCAGCUCAGAGGAGAGCCCAGAGGCUCAUCAGGACUUAUAAACAACAAACAGAAGAGCUAUGACCACUCAAGGCAACAUCAUCAUGGAAGCAGCAUUGCUGGAGGGUUGGUGAAAGGGGCUUUGUCUGUCGCUGCUUCUGCAUACAAAGCCCUGUUUGCUGGACCACCUAUCACUGCGCAGCCAGUAGUUUCUGAAGAACAGACAGCAGCCUUGAUGGCCCAUCUCUUUGAAAUGGGAUUCUGUGACAGGCAGCUGAACCUACAGCUGCUGAAGAAGCACAACUAUAACCUCCUCCACGUCGUGACCGAACUCCUUCAAGUUAGCAACAAUGACUGGUACAGCCAUCGCUACUGAAGAGUGACCUUGUAUUAAAUACCUUUGCCUGCUGCUGCUCAGAAAUGAUCUGUAUUCUGUUGUUGGGGUGUGGGUAGACGCCCUGGCUUAUUUUUUAAUAUGGUAAAUCUGUGUAGAGCCCAGCUCAGUUAUCAAGACAAAACCCCUACGUUACAGUAUUUUGGGAGCAAUCAAAGAACAGAAUUUAAAAUCUUGCUAUAGACACAGUGACUUAAGAAGAAGAUCAUUUUUCUAUUGAUUUGGGUAGAUUUCUUUCUCCAUUUUAGUGCAUUUUCAUGUAUAACUUGAACUGCUUUCUGGUUCUUUCUGCUUCGUUGAAUUUCUUUUUCUUUGGUUAAUGUGGAAUUUUAAAUGGGGAUCUCUGUUGUCAUAUUUUAAAAGAAAUUAACUCUGGAAGUUAUUUUCAAAAAUUUCAAUUAUCCUGCUUCCCAGCCUCUUAACUGUGUGGGAUUGAAGUGACACCCAGAUUUGGUAGGUAUAUUUGUUUCUCAGAGUCUUUGUCCAGAGAAACUCAUUUCCCUGCAAUAUUUAGUCAUUGGCAUUGUUGUUUUUCUAAAAUCCUUUCAAUGCAUAUAAUAUUCACUUUCUGUAUCUCUGUCCUUUUGUGAAAGGAGAGAAGAGAGUACUAGCCCACCAGCAUUUAUUAAGUAGUGUCUGUUGUAAUUUUACAUACUUUUUAUUUAAUGAGUGAAAUCUAAGUAGGUAGUAUGGAAUAUCUUGCUAAUCCUAUAGAGAAAAAAGAAACCCAUUAAAAGGAAAUGUAAAUUUAACACAGUCAGGACAGAUCUUAUUUACUGAGAAGAGGGGAGAAAUAGAA